AUGCAGCUCCCCACCCUCACACACCUCACCUCGUACUGGGACCACCUCGGCACCGUCUGGCAAAUCACCCUCAUCCUUUGGUCGUAUCUCCUCUACCUCACCUUUGCCACCAAAUCAUACCGCAUCCGUACCGCCUCUGCCUACCUCAUCGGAUGCUUCACCUUCCCCGUCUUGACCGUGUUUUGGGGGGCGAUGGACAGUCGAGGCUUGGCCUUGGACGGUAUCGCCGGGGAUAGGAUGAGCUUGAUCUAUGAGAACGGUGCUUAUGCCAACAUCCAACUCGCCCAACAAAACGAAACGUUCUACUCCUCUCCCGUUCCUCCCACUAGUGCCGUCGGCGAGUCCAAGGUGUACACUCCUACACCUCUGGUCGAGCAGGUUGGCCAGGUCGUCUUUACUUGUGGCAAGAAUGUGACUUCUAUUGGAGCCUUGACACCCACUGAAUCUGCUCUUACAUUUGUCUGGCCCGAGGUUGACUGUGCACAGGAUCCAUUCAUCGGUGUGCAGCUCACUUCGUAG